GACAGAAGCCACUGGAGACAGCCUACAGGCUCAGAUCUGUUGCCCGCCUGGAGAGAUAACAACUCAGACACAGCUGUGUAUUCUCCCAGCAGCAACGGAGGUUCAGGGAUAGAAAGACAUGGCCUGGAAAUUGAUGCUGCUUCUGCUGCUUCUGGCCUGGGUAGCCCCCACAUUCAGCACCAAGGGCAGGACCAACCUGCUCAAUGUCUGUAUGGACGCCAAGCACCAUAAGACAAAGCCAGGUCCUGAGGACAAGCUGCAUGAUCAGUGCAGUCCCUGGAGGAAGAAUGCCUGCUGCUCAGUCAACACCAGCCAGGAGCUGCAUAAGGACACUUCCCGCCUGUAUAACUUUAACUGGGACCACUGUGGCAAGAUGGAGCCUGCCUGUAAGCGCCACUUUAUCCAGGACACUUGUCUAUAUGAGUGUUCACCCAAUCUGGGGCCCUGGAUCCAGCAGGUGGAUCAGAGCUGGCGAAAAGAACGUUUUCUGGAUGUGCCCUUAUGCAAAGAUGAUUGUCAGCAGUGGUGGGAAGCCUGCCGCACCUCAUACACCUGCAAAAGCAACUGGCACAAGGGCUGGGACUGGUCCUCAGGAGUUAACAAGUGCCCAGCUGGAACCACCUGCCGCACAUUUGAGUCCUACUUCCCCACACCAGCUGCCCUUUGUGAGGGCCUCUGGAGUCACUCCUACAAGGUCAGCAACUAUAGCCAAGGGAGUGGUCGCUGCAUCCAGAUGUGGUUUGACCCAGCCCAGGGCAACCCCAAUGAGGAGGUGGCAAAGUUCUAUGCUGAGGCCAUGAAUGCUGGAGCCAUGCCCCAGGGGACUGGGACUCUCCUGUUCAGCCUGGCCGUGAUGCUGCAACUCCCUGGCUGAGUCCAGUCCUCCCAAGACCUGCUCUCUACCUGCUUUCAGCUUGGGUGACCAGGUUGGGCUCAGCUUAUCUCCCACAAAGGACAGAGCCCUAAGGAUGCCUCCAUCCAUUACCCACCCUUCUGUUAUCCAGUCCUGCUCCACAGCUUGCGGUUCUUCCAAGAGUCACUUCUAAUAAACAGGCUGACGCAUCCA